GAAAAAGUGAACGAUUUGCAAUUUUCAUGGGAGAAAUGAUUUUUUUUUAUCUACACACCAUAUAUCUGUGUGUGUUUAUUUCAAAUAAAUAAUGAAUUAUGAAUUAAGAAAAUACUACUAUCAUUUACCAGCACUACGGAAAAAAGUAAAGCCUUAAAGUUAAGUAAUUUGUACCUGGUUCACAAUAUCAUCAUGGGGUUUGAACCAAGACAAGCAAGGAAUUUCGGCAACUAAUUAAUGAGAGGGUUUGUUUGGUGAUAAUAAAUAAAUAUAUAAAUAAAUGGAUAGACGUAAAAAGACGUAAACACAAAGAGAGUCCAAAAAAUCUCACCUGUAAAAGAAGUUUCACAUACACACAACACUUCCCACCUCUUUCUCUUCCUCCAUCUUCUCUACCCGUUUUGCGCAUUUCUUAACCGAACCCAAAUUCCUUCUCGAACUAAAACUCUACAAACCUCGCAUCCAUCCAACAACAACCUUAAACUACAGAGGAUUGAUUGAUUGAUUCAUGAUAUCACCCAUCCAUCUUUAUCAUCUAUCUGAACUCUUCUGCAAUAUAAUCUCUCUCUGAUCUCUCCAUGGCAAUAAGAGCAUCAAAGAUUCUCAGAAGAUCAAUCUUCACAUUUCUGCAGAACUACCAGUACUUCACCACUACAGCAGCAUUCCUAGCUUUUCCAUUUGCAGCCUCACUUCUCCUUCUCCGCUCAUCCUUCCUUAUCCCCGCCGCCUCCUCCUCCUCCUCCUUCCUACGGCUAAUCCACGCCCGAAUUCACUCUCUUUUCCAUGCAGCCGGCUUCCCCCCUUCCUCAAUCCUCGAAGCAAAGAUCUCCCAGACCAUUUCCAUUUCUCUUCUUGCAGUCCCUUUCACCAUUUCCUCCUAUCUCUUCAGCAAAGCCUCAGUAAUUUAUGCUCUCCGAGAUCAAGAACGCCCCAAGAACCCGUCUUUUUCCGGGGUUUUCGAAAUUUACCGCCCGUUAAUCCAUACCCAUAUCUGCAAUUCUUUUUUGACCCUCGCUGCAAACGCGACUUGUUUUUCUUUGAUGUUCAUUGCCGUCAAUUUGGCGAACGGAUUGGGAUUUUCUUCCUCAUUGGGAAGAGACAUAGUUCUUUCUGCAACUGGAGCAGUGGGAUUCUCCAUAGUUCUUGCCAACAGCUUCAUCAUCUGCAACCUGGCAUUGAUCAUAUCAGGGAUGGAGAAGAAUGGAGGCAUGAUUGCAGCUCUGAAGGCGUGCAGUGUGAUGGUGAAGGGAAGAAGAAGCUGCAUCGUCCCAACAGCACUGUCUUUAGCAGUGCAGGUCAAUGCUGCACUGGCUGCAGUUGAGGUUCUGUUCCAAUACAGAGUUGUCUUAAGGGCUUAUGAUGAUGAUGAAGGAAGUGGGGUUUUGUAUGUAGCCUUGGAGGGGAUGUUUAUUGCAUAUCUCUAUGCUGUUCUUCUUGUUCUGGACACCAUAGUUGGCUGCUUUUUCUUCACAGACUGCCACCGCAUAAUCCAAGAUGGGAAAAGGUUAUCGAAGCCGUUCCUUGAUGAAAUUGAUUAUCAAGAGUAUAAUGAUUGUUGAAGAUCUUCCCAGACUCUGCCUUUUUCUCGACCAAUUUACUUUCUCAUGUUUUCGGGUUGUGAUUUGUGGUUCAGGGUUACAGAGUUCUUUUUCUGCACACUGAUCGGCCAAUACAAAUUGUGUCUACAAUGUAAAUGUUGCUACGAGAUUCAAUAUAUACAAAAAUCAGCAUACACCAAUCAAAUGAGAAUCUGCACCACAUUAUUGUACUAUCUCCGUCCAAAUUUGUUUUGCAUAUUUUUUGGUCAAUCAAUAAUAAAAGUCAAUCCUCC